AUGGCCAGUAACGCAUCCUUUCGGUCUGGAACCUUUGAUCCUGCCAUGCUUGUUGGCCAGAUAAUUGCUAUGCAGUGCAGCUAUUAUCUCUGUCUCUCAACUGUGGUGUUCUUGUUUGCUCUCCUCACUGGCGCUCCCACCAAUCUUCAUCAACUGCUGUCCUUUAGUGAAAUCGAUCCUUCCACUGCUCUUGGAUGGAGUCUGUUCUUUGCCUUUCUGGUUGCUGCUUCCAUCUCAUGCUUUUUUAUGCUCAUCAUCGUCGAACGUGCACGACUCUGUCUGGACUUUGCAUGCACUCUGCAUAUCCUUCAUUGGCUACUUGUCUCCAUCUAUAGUGGAAGGUCUCCAAACAGUUUGAUUUGGUGGGUUUUACUAGCAGGAUCUACUGCCAUGGUCUCUUUUGGUGGUGAGUAUCUAUGUUUAUGGCGCGAACUGGAACCUAUUCCAUUAAGUACUGCUGGACCUUCUGCUGGAUCAGACGGACGAUCCAGCAGAAGACGGAGAUCUGAUUUGGAUCCUGAUAGUAUCGAGUUGGAGAAACUGAAUCCAACCAGCAAUAACAAUCGAUAA